AUGAACUCCCUCAGUCUCACAGCGAUCAUCUUCGCCGGCCUUGCGGUGGCGGCACCCACUAUUCCCUUCGUCGCACCUAACGCCGUAAUUCCGUUGACUCACGCCCCUACCAAUGCGCCAACUCUGGCAACCCGUCAAUCUGCUUGUUUUGUGAUUGGCAAAACUACAUUGCCAGCUGAGGUCGCUGACGUCGUCACGAGCAUCCAGUCUGCCGUCACUUGCGACACCUCAAAGAAGACCAUAUCGGGUGUUCCCGACGUCACUAGCGGCGAUGUCACGUUCUCGUCCAUUGACUUCAGCCAGUCCUCCCAAACACCCUUGGAGUUUGCGCUCUCAAAGUUCGCGACCGCCAGCCCUCUAGCAAACACGGACCUCCAGACAUUCCAAGACGAGCUCAACACCUACUUGGCGACGGAGGCGGGCAUUCGCAGUGUGGGCGGAAGCCUCGGUAUCAAGGUGCCCAAGUUCUUCUUGGAGUAUCAGGUGAGCCGGAUCCAAACUGCUCAGGGCAACCCGCCCACCGACGCUGGACAGCAGGUCGAUCACCUAAGGGACAAGGUGCUAAAGAAUGCCGCCGGUGAGGAUCAAUCGCUCUUGGACCAGGUCACCGCUUUGGCUACACAACUGUCAUAG